AAUCAUUAUUUACAGUACAUAGCUAAAUAUAAACAAUUACAAUACUUGUUCUUAUUCUAAGAGAAGCAAAUUAUGAGAGCUGUAAUUUUUCUUUUACUUUCUUCUUUCGCCUUAACUGCAGCUAGGCAACGUUAUGAAGCAAACUGGGAAUCUCUGGAUAAAAGACCUCUACCAACGUGGUUUGAUAAAGGAAAAAUUGGUAUCUUUCUUCAUUGGGGAGUGUUCUCUGUACCAUCUUUUGCUUCUGAAUGGUUUUGGAAUUGUUGGAAUUCGGGCAACCCAAGUUGUGUUAAUUUUAUAAAAAAUAAUUAUCGACCUAAUUGGACUUAUGCUGAUUUUGCAAGAGAUUUUACUGCUGAAUUCUACAAUGCCACUGAAUGGGCUAAACUAUUUGAAGACGCUGGGGCCUCUUACGUUGUCUUUGUCUCAAAACAUCACGAAGGCUUCUGCAAUUGGCCUUCUAACGUUUCAUUCAAUUGGAAUUCAAUGGCUGUUGGUCCAAGGAAAGAUUUGGUUGGUGAACUUGCCAACGCCAUUAGAAAACAUACUAAAAUUCAUUUUGGAGUAUACCAUUCCAUGUUUGAAUGGUACAAUCCGUUGUAUAUGAGAGAUAAAGCAAAUGGAUUUCGAACUCAAGAUUUCGUAAAUAGAAAAGCUCUACCUGAGCUUUAUGAACUGGUAAAGACUUAUAAGCCCGAUGUUAUAUGGUCCGAUGGUGAAUGGGAAGCCUCAUCUCAGUACUGGAAAAGUCCAGAAUUUAUUGCUUGGCUCUAUAAUGAUUCUCCUGUCAGAGAUACUGUUGUUGUAAAUGAUCGUUGGGGAAAUGAAACCAGAUGCAAGCACGGAGGUUUCUUGGACUGCACUGAUGCGUAUAAUCCUGGAACAUUGCAGAAACGUAAAUGGGAAAACAGCUUUCCUAUUGAUUCUAGUUCUUGGGGCUACAGAAGAACAAUGACAAUUGACCAAAUUCAUUCAAUAGAGUCGAUGCUGACCCUUCUUGCCAGAACAAUUAGUUGCGGUGGAAACCUUUUAAUAAAUGUCGGUCCAACGAAAUCGGGCAGAAUUAUACCAGUGUUCGAAGAAAGAUUACGACAAUUUGGAUCUUGGAUGAAGGUCAACGGCGAAGCUGUAUAUGAAACGUUUCCAUGGAAACAUCAAAAUGAUUCAGUAAAUCCGGACUUAUGGUAUGUAGCUAGAAAACUUGAUGGAAAGACUAACGUCUACGCUUUUGUGUUAAAAUGGCCAGCAGAGGGACAGCUCAUAAUGGCAGAUCUUAAAGGUUCACCUCGACUAAAACUAUCAAUGCUUGGUUACACUGGCAAAAAGCCUUUUACUUGGAAAAGUCGACCUCAGGGUGGUGUAAUAGCUGCGCUACCUCCCCUUUCGCCUUCCGAAAUUCCAUGUAAUUGGGCAUGGGUGCUAAAGCUGGAAAAUACUCUUGAAUAG